AUGGUUGCCUUUACUACUGAACAAAUCCGUGCCUUGAUGGACAAAGUUAACAAUGUUCGUAAUAUGUCUGUCAUUGCCCAUGUAGAUCAUGGAAAGUCUACUUUAACCGACUCCUUAGUGCAGAGAGCAGGUAUUAUUUCUGCUGCCAAAGCAGGUGAAGCUAGAUUCACUGAUACCAGAAAAGAUGAACAAGAAAGAGGUAUCACCAUUAAAUCAACUGCUAUCUCUUUAUAUGCUUCCAUGAGUGAUGAAGAAGUUAAAGAAAUUAAACAAAAGACGGAUGGUAAUGAAUUCUUAAUAAAUUUAAUUGAUUCCCCAGGUCACGUUGAUUUCUCUUCUGAAGUUACCGCAGCUUUAAGAGUUACUGAUGGUGCUUUAGUUGUAGUUGAUUGUAUUGAAGGUGUAUGUGUUCAAACUGAAACUGUCCUUAGACAAGCUUUAGCGGAAAGAAUCAAACCUGUUGUUAUUGUCAACAAGGUUGAUAGAGCUUUAUUAGAAUUACAGUUAACUAAAGAAGAUUUAUAUCAAACUUUCUCUAGAACUGUUGAAUCUGUUAACGUUGUUAUUGCUACUUAUGUUGAUGAUAUUUUAGGUGAUGUUCAAGUUUACCCUUACAAGGGUACUGUUGCUUUUGGUUCUGGAUUACAUGGUUGGGCUUUUACUGUCAGACAAUUCGCAACCAAAUAUUCUAAGAAAUUCGGUGUGGAUAAAAGUAGAAUGAUGGAAAGAUUAUGGGGUGACUCUUACUUCAAUCCAACUACAAGAAAAUGGACUAAUAAAUCUACUGAUGCUGAUGGUAAUGCUUUAGAAAGAGCUUUCAAUAUGUUUGUAUUAGAUCCAAUUUUUAAAAUAUUUGCAGCUGUUAUGAAUUUCAAGAAAGAUGAAAUUCCAACUUUAUUAGAAAAAUUAGGAAUUCAAUUGAAAGGUGAUGAAAAAGAUUUAGAAGGUAAGGCCUUAUUAAAAGUUGUUAUGAAAAAGUUCUUACCUGCUGCUGAUGCUUUAUUAGAAAUGAUUAUUGUUCAUUUACCAUCUCCAGUAACUGCUCAAUUCUACAGAGCUGAUACUUUAUAUGAAGGUCCAUCUGAUGAUGCUUCAUGCAUUGCCAUUAAGAAUUGUGAUCCUAAUGCUGAUUUGAUGUUAUAUGUUUCUAAGAUGGUUCCAACUUCAGAUAAAGGGAGAUUCUAUGCAUUCGGUCGUGUUUUUGCUGGUACAGUCAAAUCUGGUCAAAAAGUUAGAAUUCAAGGUCCAAACUAUACCGUUGGCAAAAAGGAAGAUUUAUUCCUCAAAUCUGUUCAAAGAACUGUUUUAAUGAUGGGAAGAUAUGUUGAACAAAUUGAUGAUUGUCCAGCUGGUAAUAUCGUUGGUUUAGUUGGUAUUGAUCAAUUCUUAUUAAAAUCAGGUACAAUUACUACCAAUGAAAAUUCGGCUAAUAUGAAAGUUAUGAAAUUCUCUGUUUCUCCCGUUGUGCAAGUUGCUGUAGAAGUUAAGAAUGCUAAUGAUUUACCAAAAUUAGUUGAAGGUUUAAAGAGAUUAUCUAAAUCAGAUCCAUGUGUGCAGUGUACUAUGUCUGAUUCUGGUGAACAUAUUGUAGCUGGUACAGGUGAAUUACAUUUAGAAAUUUGUUUACAAGAUUUAGAAAAUGAUCAUGCCGGUGUUCCAUUAAAGAUUUCUCCACCGAUUGUUGCUUAUAGGGAAACUGUUGAAGGAGAAUCUUCAAUGGUUGCUUUAUCUAAAUCACCAAAUAAACAUAAUAGAAUUUAUGUUAAAGCGGAACCAUUAAGUGAAGAAUUUUCGGUCUCUAUUGAACAAGGAGAUAUUCUAAAACUAGAUGUUAAGGAGAGAGCUAAAGAAAUGUCUCAAAAUUUCGAAUGGGAUGUUGUUGAUGCAAGAAAGAUUUGGUGUUUCGGUCCAGAUGGUAAGGGCCCAAAUGUUGUUGUUGAUCAAACCAAAGCUGUUCAAUAUUUAUCUGAAAUUAAGGAUUCUGUGGUUGCUGCAUUCCAAUGGGCUACAAAAGAAGGUCCAGUAUUAGGUGAAUUUGUUAGAUCGUUAAGAGUUAAUAUCUUGGAUGUUACCUUACAUGCUGAUGCAAUUCACAGAGGUGGUGGUCAAAUCAUUCCAACCAUGAGAAGAGUAACUUAUGCUUCUAUGUUAUUAGCCAAACCUGCAGUUCAAGAACCAAUUUUCUUAGUUGAAAUCCAAUGUCCAGAGAAUGCCAUUGGUGGUAUUUAUUCUGUUUUAAAUAAAAAGAGAGGUGAAGUUAUUUCUGAAGAACAAAAAAUUGGUACUCCAUUAUUCAAUAUUAAGGCCUUCUUGCCAGUAAAUGAAUCUUUUGGAUUUAGUGGUGAAUUAAGACAAGCUACUGGUGGUCAAGCAUUCCCACAAAUGAUCUUUAGUCAUUGGAAAGUUUUACCAGGUGAUGUCACUGAUGCAAAUACUAAAGUUGGAGCCAUUGUCAAGGAAAAAAGAGAAAAAGCUGGGUUAAAGUCUGAAGUUCCAGCUUAUACUGAAUAUUAUGAUAAAUUAUAA